AUGCAUUCCCCCGGUCGAUACCUCAUGUUUGCAGUGACCCUAGGUUCAGGAUCGCUAAUCGGAUUCGAAUCUGGGUAUUUGAACGGCGUUCUGGCAAGUGACGAUUUUAUUCACCGAUAUGGCAGUUGUGAUGCCGAAGGAAACUAUUCGUUGAGCCCAACAACUCGCUCAUUAUUCACUUCGAUGCUAAUUGUGGGAGCCUUAAUUGGGUGUUGCUCAGCACCCUUACUUCAAAAGUCAUACGGCUUUCGGGGCCGGUUUCUCCUGGGCUCAAUAUCCUUGGCAAUAGGAAUUGCCUUGCAACUGAUUGGUAAAUUCGAGGUUGUUUUCAUCCUCGGCCGAGUGCUAGAGGGCUAUACUCUUGGCAUUAUCUCUACCACGGUCCCUUCAUAUCUAAUCGAGACUGUCCCUAGCACCAGUCGUGGCUUGGUAAUUGGGUUGUAUGAGCAAGUUGUCACCAUGGGCCUAGUCACCGCAUCAGGAGGGAACUACGGCCUUUCUUACCUGAGCGGAUCGAAGCAAUGGCGAAUUGAGAUCGCCAUCCAAUUCGCCCAUGCCAUGCUUCUUAUGAUCGCGGGCAUCAGCAACCCCGAAUCCCCACGCCAUCUCGCCAAGCUCGGCAACCACGCUGCGGCACGCACCAGUCUCGGCCGGCUUCGGGGGCUUGCGGCUGACUCCCCAGAACUCGACGAGGCGAUAGCCGAACUACAAAUCUGGCUACUUGAAGACGCGGAGCAGCAGCAAAAAGCUCGGCUCCGGGAGUGCUUUGAGGGGCCCAACCUGCGUCGCCUCGUACUAGGCUGCUCUAUGGGCUUCCAUGCUGAAUCGACUGGCAUCGUAUUCUUCUUGUCGUACUCAACCACAUUUCUCGCUGGGGCAGGAAUCACGAAUGCCUACCUUAUUACCUUUAUCAUCGGCCUCGUCAUGUCGGCUUCUACCCUGCCAUCCAUAUAUUGCCUUGACCAUUUGGGUCGCCGCUCAUGCGCCUUUAUCGGAGGAACAAUGAUGCUCAUCGUCUGUAUCGUCACAGGGGCAAUCCACUCGGCCGCGCCGCUGUCGGCUGCAAGUCAGCAUGCGCUCAUUGCGGGAUCGUUACUCUUUAUCUUCGCAUAUGCGUCAAGUUGGGGAUCGCUCGCAUGGCUAGUCAUUACCGAGGCAUACUCAUCGCGCCUGCGCACCUACCAAAGCACGAUUUCUAUGUGUUUCUACUGGAUCUCGCAGUGGAUCUUCGGCUUUAUCACGCCGUAUAUGGUGGACGAAUCCGCUGGCAAUCUUGGCGUGAAUAUGAUGUAUGUCUUAGCGGGGUUCACCGUCCUAUCGCUCGCUUGGGCCUAUUUCUACCUGCCCGAGUUGAGCGGCCUUACACAAGCUGAGGUAAAUGGUUUCCUUUUCUCCAUGCGGACGCGAUGCUAA